GUUUCUCAUUCGUAGUUCAAAAUUCGAUGUGUUAACACAUAGAAAAAGAUAUUUAUGUAUAAAAUAUUUGCAUUAUUAUUUCGUUAGUUGUGUCCUUUCUAACUGAAUUAGCAUCUCGUUGAGCUUCGCAUAGCUUUUAGACGGAAACCCCCUAAGUAAUCAACAUGUGUUGUGGACCAGCUUCGUGCUGCCCGAGCUGCGGCCCACCCUGUGGCGGACCCUAUUCUACGCAAUGUUGCGUGGAGCUCUGCUGUUCCCCCUGUACCCCGGCCUACUUGCAGUGCACCAUCUGUCCCUGCUACCCUCGCUGUUGCUAGCCCAGUGAAGGACGAAGAGUUAACAUUGACCUCACGGCGGAUAGUCCUAUACAUUGCUGAUCCCAACUAACGAAAUGAUAAUGCAAAACAAAAAAAAAUAAAUAAAAUAUAAUAGAGGAACGAUCAUAAGACAA